UAGGGAUGGAGGCAGUUGAAUGGACUAAAAAUGACGCGGAUAAAGAUUUUAUACGACCUUAUAAUUGUUUAAUCCCUCAUGAAAUGUUAUUCAUGUUGACAAAGAGUAAGCUACACCUGAUUGAACCGAUUUAUGUUAUCCCAGCUAGAUAUGACAAAUGUAGGCUACAGCUAUGCAUUUGCCUUUUGCAUUAAAUAGUAGGCCUAGGCAACUUGACUGGGCUACCCUACACCGAACAAACGGCAACAAUUCAGAUGUUGAAUUUAAGUCUUCCCUCUGACUGUCCGGAUCUGUGAGAGAUGGACAGAAACAGUCUUGGGGAGAUGAGAGGUGCAACAGGCCUUACCACUAACACCAUCACCACACCUGCCUCCACCAGCACCACCUUGGCGGCCACCAACGCAGCCAGACCACCUAGCCCCAGUCGCACCCAGCCACUGUCCCCAACCUCCACAGACAGGCAGGCUGUGAUCCAGCAGCCUGUCCAGCGGUCCCAGAGCACGGCGGCGCAGUACCUGCAGCAGAUGUACGCAGCCCAGCAGCAGCAUAUCCUGCUUCAGACCGCAGCUCUCCAGCAGCAGCAGCAAGUUACAGCCUCACAGAGUCUUACCACCACAGCCCAGCCCUCACAGACAGUUAGCAGGCCCUGUUCCUCCUCUCCUCCAUCAACGAAUGGGAAUUUGUCACAGUCAGUCAGUGUAUCACAGACUUCGAUCACAUUGGCCACCACUCCACUGACAGCUCAGUCCAUUGGCCGAAUCCAAGGCACCUGUUCCACUCCAGCGGGCGGUACGAUAUCCCAGCAGGCCAUGCUCCUUGGGAAUGGCUCUCCUGCUGGUAGUCAAGCCCAGAUGUACCUGCGGACCCAGAUGCUCAUUCUGGCUCCUGCUGCCUCUGUGGCUGCCGUGGCGUCUGAUCUUCCCGCAGUCAACCCCACAUCCUCCCAGCCCACCUCUACACAGGUCCAGUCUCUGGCUCUUCGCACACACCUCCCUGGGGCUCUGGCCCAGGGUGUGCAGCUGAAGCCAUGCUCGCAGGGCCAGACGGUGGCCUCCUGCCUGCCCAAGAUGUCCAUCAGCCCCCUGAAGUCCUCCCAGCUGCCCCACGCCUCUGCGGACACCUCCGGAAGCGACCUGAGUCAGUUGUCAACGGCCCAUCAGCUCAUUGCCCCUUCGUCCCUCUGCCCUGCUCUAGUGAAGCAUCAGCUGCAUUGUCCUCUAGGCCCACGGGGGACUCACCAGCUCAUCAUUCAGCAGGGUGCCCACAGCGCCCACAGGCAGAUACAGCCCAUCGCCCUGCGGGUCACGGCGCAGGAGCACCCCUCCCCCCUCGCCCUCCAGGCCCGGCCCCUGCCACUCCCGCUCCCUCCCGCUCCGGCCGCCCAGUCUCAGCCGCCCGACGUCUUGUCUGCUGCCUCCUCCACGUCCGAGCAGCAGCAGCAGCCCCAGUCGGCAGUGCUGGUGUCCACCACAGGCGGUAGCCCAGCCCAGGUGGUGCGUCCGCUACUCCAGCUGGGGACAUUGGGAGAGGCCCUCCCCCUGUCCCCUCAUGCCUCUGCUCAGAGCUACGGCUCCAUCACCACCACUGCCGCCACCACCAACCCGCUCCCGGGGACCUUGCCCUGUCCUCCACCAGCAUCGCUGCAGAGGCUGUCCCUGCGCUCAGUGCAGGCGCUGGCUGUGCAGUCAGGCCAGAUGCUGGUGUCCGAGGAAGAGCUUCCUGUGGCCGAGACACUGGUCCAAAUGCCCUUCCAGAACCUUCCGCCUCCACAGACUGUAGCCGUGGACCUGAAGAUGCAGUCGGUGGCCCAGACAGCACCGCAGCCAGCAGCACAGGGGCCAAAGAUGGAUCACAAAGGGGCAGAAGCAGACAGAGAUGAAUCACCGUCAGGAAUGCAGAGGAGUCGGACGCCCACCCCGCCAACCCUGCCCCCCCCAGCAGAUGCAGGGAAAAGCUGUGAAGAGGAUGCACCAUCCCAGAGAGAAAACUACACAGCUGGGUUGGACCCUCCCUGUACACCAUCGAGCCAAUCUGUGAUCCGGUCACCUGAGGAGCCUCCUCCCGUCACCAGCUCCCCCCCUCCCCUCCACCCUGCCGUGGUAAGAAGCACCAGCAAGCCCCCCGCUACCAGUCUGCCAGAGAGUCCUGAGGGCCAGCCCUCACUGGCGGUCGCUAAACCUCACAUCCUCACACACCUCAUAGAGGGCUUCGUCAUCCACGAGGGGCUGGAACCGUUCCUGAUGAGCCGCUCUUCACUGGCAGAUGAGCAGGCUGCACUGCCGGAGAACCAGGAGGUGACCUCCAACGGAGAUCCCGACCCCGACGACGACCUGAUGGAUGUGGACGACCCAGAGAACUCCUCCAACUCCGACAUGGACGACAUGCCAGCUGAUGAUGAGCCCCUGGAGGACAGCCUGUCAGACGUGCUGCAGUGCGAGUUCUGUGGGAAGAGGGGCUACACCCACAGCUUCCUCCGCUCCAAACGCUUCUGCUCCAUGACCUGUGUCAGGAGGUUCAACGUGAGCUGCACGCGGCGUCUUGGCCUCCUGAGGACCGACAGGGCCAGCCGCUGGCCCCCCAGGCCCAUGGGCAGGAGGGGGAGACCCCCCGGACGCACUGACGGCAUAUCCAGAGAACACUUCCUCAGACAGCUGCCAGCCAGGCUGGAUGGGGAGGAGGAUGACGAGGAUGAGCCCCCGGGUCCCAUGACAACCCGACUGCGUCGUCAGGCAGAGCGUGAGAGGGAACAAGAGGAAGAGCGCAAGGAGAGGAGGAGGAGAGAAUCGAUCGGUUCAGACGAUCACCCCGUGGCCCUACCCAACCCCUCUCAGUGGAGCGUGGAGCAAGUGUGCUCCUACAUCAGCUCCAUACCAGGAUGUGCCGAGCUGGCCGAGGAGUUUCGCUCGCAGGAGAUCGAUGGCCAGGCCCUGCUUCUGCUGACCGAGGACCAUCUGGUGAGCGCCAUGAACAUCAAACUGGGGCCCGCACUCAAAAUCUGCGCCCAAAUCAACACGCUGAAGGGACCGUAAAGGGCACACCGCUCACAAAGGCCCCAGACAAACCACAGCCUUCGUUUUGACCAUGCAUGGCUAUGGCUGUGUGACUUCCUGUGGGUGUCAUGUGCACUUCUGUACUGAGGGACACGUUCAGCUUUCUUGUUGCCAUGCUGCUUCAUUGGCAGACUAUAUUCUUGUGGAACUAUUGAGACUACUCUUCGGCAUACCGUCUGUAACACAAACUCUACUGACCUCUCCUCUAUGAGAUGCAUACAUGUAAUAUGCGAGUUGUUUUGUGUUUUAAGGAUGGAUCUGUAUGAAUAUUUAAUAUACAAAACAGUACUAAGAUGUGUGUUUAGAGAACUUGAUUGUAUGAUGUAACAUUCCAAAGGAAACCUGUAUGGAACAUAAAAGGUAUGAUGAUUUUGAUAAAAUAUUUGCACACACAGCCAUUUAACCAUAAUAACCUAAUAUGAAUUAAUAACUGUCGAUAAGAUAAUUUCAAGUCUUUAACUUUUGUGUCUUUGUUGUACUGGAACUUGACUACCACGACUACCAAUGAACAGGUAUGUUUACAUGACA